AUGAAGAUACUAAUGCAUUGCAAAAGUCUUUACACACUUCUUAUUGGCGGUUCAUUUGACUGCAAGGCAAUAUCAACUGAUGAUGACAUGGUUGAUUUUCAUGGAUUCCAGAAUCUUCGUGUCUUGACUUUGGAUAAUUGUGGGCUCACUGGUCAGAUACCUGGUUCGAUAGACCUAGGGGGCAAUAACAUUAGUGGUAGUAUACCUACUGAGAUCGGACAACUGCAGCUUUUUCAACAAUUGUAUCUUGAUAGCAACAACUUCUCCGAUGAAGUUCCUGACCAAAUAUCUAGCCUAAAAUAUUUAGAAAUUUUGAAUCUCUCCACGAAUCAUUUGAUCGGGAAAAUCCCUUCGUCAACGACAAACCUUAGUUUCUUAAGCACAUUUGAUGUCUCAUACAAUAAUCUUGAAGGACGAAUACCAAUAGGCAUGCACCAGAGCUUCGACACUUCUGCAUUUAAGGGGAACCCGAAACUUUGUGGUGCUCCGCUUCCAAAUGAGUGCAGAGAAAUUGAUGUGGAUAAUAAGAACAACAUCAACCAAGAUGAGGACAAUAAAUAUGAUGAGCUUCCUUGGUUUUGUAUUUCUGCAGCCCUAGGUUACAUUGUUGGAUUUUGGGGAGUUUGCGGUUCCUUAGUUCUUAAGAAGACAUGGAGGCAUGCGUAUUUUCGGUUCCUGAAUAAUACUCUCAAAUAG